AUUAGUGAACAAGCCAUUGAAAAACUCUCGUCUUCGCCUCCUUCCAAUACAGAUAUCGGCAAGUCGACUCCUCAAAUUCCUUCAUUAGUCAGUUCUCCAGUGAGUUCGAGUCUCAAUGUUUUUAGCUCGCAGAACCAAGCAUGUGGAGCUUUCGGAAGCUCUCCUACAGCAUCAACGAUCACUACUUCCACUUUUGCUUCUAACAACAAAUUCGCUCCUUUGGCUGGUCCCCUUUUCUCUUUUGGUGCAACUGGUUAUUCUGCCGGCAACUCUACUCCCUUAUCAACAAUUAAUCGACCAACAUCAGGCCUCUCUCCUGAGUCAGCUCCAUCUAAUGUCAGUCAAGCCGCUAAAAGUAUUGGUCUUGUUGGAUUCAGUGGAUCGGGGGAUUUUCAGGCAACAGAUUCAAAGCAUGGUGUUCCGGAAACACAGCAACGGGCACUCGGUCAGACCUCACUUGCGAUAACUGGCGGCAAAAGUUGCACCACCUCUUCCAAUCAAAUCUCAUCUACCAUCUUUACUUCAGCAUCUAAUUCGCAGAUGAGACCAUUGGAAAGCUCUCAUUUUACCGGAUUUUUCGAAAAGGUCGUGCCACCUUGCCAGAUUCAAAAUGAAGGCCCAGUUUUAAAUUCCGGCGACACUUUUGAUAAAAAUGUCGUGACAUCGACCACCGUUGUGGCCCCAUCCCUUACAAAAGGACAAUUUGACAGUUUGUCUCCUGAUAGUUCAAACAUUCUAUUAAAGUCAAGUGAGUAG